ACCCGCAAAUCCAUCAAAAGGAUCUGUCUUUCUUCGUACCCGAAGCGCAUAGAGAGAGAUUCAUUGCGUGUGUUUUUCUCUCUUCUUCAGUUCUUCCUUCCUUCUUGUUUGUUUGUCCGUCUUGGAAGAUUUGAAAACAAAGUACGAAGCGACGAUCGAUGGCUUUCACGUCUUUUAUUGGAAGAGUUCUCUUCGCUUCCGUGUUUAUACUUUCCGCCUACCAGGAGUUCAAUGAAUUCGGGGUUGAUGGUGGACUUGCAGGGAAGACUCUUAAACCAAAGUUUGAUAUCUUUGCCAAGCUUGUGCAUUCUAACACGGGCGCACAACUGCCGGAAAUUGAAGCAAAACAUUUGGUUGCUGCGGCUAUAGCAUUCAAGGGUGUUGGUGGCAUCCUUUUUAUAUUUGGCAGUUCCUUUGGAGCAUUUCUUCUGCUCCUGCAUCAGUUGGUCGCUACACCGAUAGUAUAUGAUUUCUACAACUACGACAGCGAGUCAAAAGAAUUCAAUCAGCUGUUUAUAAAAUUUACACAGAAUAUGGCACUUUUUGGGGCACUGAUGUUUUUCAUAGGGAUGAAGAACUUGAUUCCUCGAAGUCAACACAAGAGAAGGGCUACCAAAACAAAAACUGGUUAGAAACCAAUUGGUUUCGGUAGGGAACUUCACGAUACUAAGGAGUUACUGGAUCUCUUUUAUUGUUUUGUUUUGUUUUGUGAAACACAUUACAUUAAUCUACUGGGAUCUGGUUGGGAUGGGUGAGGCCUUCAUGUUUUUUCUUCCUGCUAUUAAGGUGGAUAUAUUCUGUAUUGAUUUGACAAGUAUUUUGCCUUUGGCAAUUUUGAUAAUGUUAUCUAUGAUCCUUUA